GAUUCAGUAAUACAAUUAAUUUAAAGUAAUUAAUUUAAAGCCAAUCAAGCGCAGAGAAAUCAACAAACUGCACUUUCAGCAGCGGAAAACUGAGAACACCAAGUCUUACUUAAGCAACUAUUCGACUAAGAGCGUGAACCAAAUCAAAGCUGUUCUAUUUAGCUGCAAUCCAAAGACGCAAUGCUUUCGAUCUGAGACCAUUCGACUGCGAAGAGAGAGACCAUGAGCAUCAGUGCCACCUGGUUUUGGGUGCCGUCUUCGUCUCCACUUCCAUCCAAUCCACAUCAGAAUCAGACUCCUUCGCCGCCUCCCGUUGCCAGGAGUAGCCAACAGGUGGAACUUUGAUGCCAGCUGGAGUUGGUUCUGGAGCUUUGCAGCAGUGGAGCAUUGGAGCAGUGGAACUCGUGGAGCAUUGGAGCAGUGGAACUCGUGGAGCAACAGGAACAGCAUACGGAUAAGGGGGCACAGGAACCCCCGCUGAAGUGGCGCCCCUGCCUUGCGCGAUGCAAGCGAACAGCAGCCGCUCCAACUUAAGCGCACAAUCCUCGGGCACGCCGUCGGCCUCAACGAUCUCCUCGUCCCAGGGCAAGCAACAAGUUGUCGAACUAUCGGGCUAUGUCAUCAUACUCGUCGAAAAUGUGGAGGGUAAAAUUAAACUAUACGGCUCACCGCCCGAUCGCGAUAAUCUGGAAGUGGGCGAUGAGAUACUCGAGGUCAAUGGCCUGACCCUGGAGAAUAUAUCGCGCACGGAGGUCAUUCGCCACAUACACGACUGCAUCAAAUCCUGCACAAUUUGUCUACGUGUGCGAAAGAAGAAUGAUUCACGACUGGCCUGGGAUAUUGGCAACUCGGUGCAGGACGCCUUCGUCAUCGCCGUCGAGGAGCACGCCCGCGAACGUCUGCAGAGAUUGGCGGCCUUGAACCGGGUCACGCCCGUCGACAUCACCCAGCUGUCCAAAAAGCUGCAGCAAACGAAGAGCGGCACGGCGACCAGUCAGCGCCAGGACCUCAGCUUCCUGAACGAGUCGACGCCGAUCUAUGUGACGUCCUUCACGAGCAACCAGAUCACCUGCAGCAGUUCCACAAUGACGACGGCCACCGCCGGCGGGCCGAUCAGUGCACCAUCGCUGGCAACGGCCACCACCACCGUGCCGACGGCAUCCUCUCACACCACCACGGUGGUGGCCCAGAUCGAGCACGGGGCAUCGGCGCUGGUCAGUGCCGCUGUGGCAGCCGCCACUGCAGCGGAUCGUAAUGCCAAUAGCACGACAUCGGCGGCCCUGAAACAGACGGCCAAUUGCACUGGCAAUAGCAUCAGCAGUUUUGGCAACGCCAGCACCACCAGCAGCCAGUCGACCAGCAGUGCCACGGGGCACAUCUACCAGACCAGCCAGGCGCAGCAGCAGCAGUUGCAACAGUUGCAGCAACAACUUGCGGCAGCAGCAGCGGCGGGCAAGCCAUUGCAGGCCAAGUCCCUGUUGGCCAGCAGCUUGCAGCAUUUGGCCGAGGAGGUGGACAACGAGGAUCUGGACGAUGAUGACGAUGUGGAUGGGGCCAACUAUUGUGGCAUAACCUAUAUAAGCUACAACAACAAGCAUGCCCAGUUGCCGACGACAACAUUGCCGGCCACCACCGCAUUGCCAGCGGCAGCUGCAUCAUUGGCCACCACAGCGGCGAUUUACCAACAGAGGCAACAGCAUCAGGUGCACCACCACAACCACCCACCAACGACGAGCCAACUCAAUCGGCCCACAGCACCGGCGCCGCUGCAACUUGGCGGUCCUGUCAAUCCCAGUUUCGUGGAUGCCCAGACAUCCACAUCACCGCUGAUGGCGCAGCAUUUGCUGCAGCAGCAGCAGGAUGUGGAUGCAGCACCACCCUCGUCGUCAUCGUCAGCGGUGGUGGUGAUGGAACGGCAUGUGCAUGGCACCACCACGCCCAAAACGGAGUACUCCACGGCCAUAUCGAGUGGCCAAUUGCAGCAGGCCUUUGCCGAAUUGCAGCUGCACUCGAGCAACAAUAAUGCUACACAGCAGCAGCAGCAGCAUCAGCAGCAACAUUUACUUUUAAGCAACAACAAUAAUAGCAAUAAUUCAAUGGCAGCGGCACAGACAACUGCAUCUCUGAUGAAGAAUUGUGAUCUACUGAUAUCGAACAAUUUGUAUCCACCGAGAAGAGAGUUACUAGAAGACGUCAUAGUCCAUCAAGCCAGUGAUGUGCACUCAUACAGCACGAGUGCAUCAGCAGCGAUCGCCAGCAGCAGCAACAGAACACAGCAGCAUCAUCAGUUGCUGAGUGCCGCCUACGAGUUGCAGCAACAACAGCAACAGCAGCAGUUGCAACUGCAACAGCAGCAGCAGCAACAGAACAGUCCCACAAGUAGCAUAUCAAUUGGAAGAACUGAACUUUUACUGGGCGAUCAGAGUUUGCGGCAGGAUCCCAGAGGGAAUCGCCGGCGCUCCGGAUCGAGCAUUGUUGUGCUGGACGGCGACGAUUUGAAGCCAUGUCUGCCGGAUGACUACAUAAGCGGCCAGCACCAUCUGAAUCACCAGCAGCAGUUGCAACUGCAGCAGCAGCUGCAGCAGCAACAUCCGCUCCAGCAGCAACACUAUCGCACGCACUCGGGCGACAUCAGGGAGAUUGACCAGGAAAUGCUGACCAUGCUGUCCGUGAACCAAGAUAACGGUCCACACCGUGAGAUGGCCGUCGAUUGUCCGGACACGUUCAUCGCACGCAACAAGACGCCACCCCGAUAUCCGCCACCCCGUCCACCACAGAAACACAAGAAAAGCACCACCAACACCAACACCACCACAAUCACAGCUAUGACUAACAAUGAUCAUGCUGACAAAAUGUUAAUUGUUGCAUAUCAUUCUUCACAUCAACAUGAACAACUACAACAACAACAACAACCACCACCACAUCAUGAACAACAACAACAACACCCAUCAAAAACAACAACAACAAUUGCACUCGAUGUGGCAACACAAAAUAUGUACAAUCAAAAACAACAAAACAAAUUGGAACAAAUCGAAAACUAUGAAAAUUGCCUGCAAUCGGAACAACACGAACAACACGAACAACUUGAGCAACAGAAGCAACAUCAAGUGACAACCGCAGUGGCAACACAGGUGGCACAACAACAGACGCCCAGCCACAAGUUGCAGGCAACAUUGAGCAGCGAUCCGAAUGGCAACAGCAACAGCAACAGCAACUGCAACAGCAACACCGUUGGCGGCAGCAGCAGCAGCAACAACAGCAGCAUCACGGAUGACUUCCUCUGCGUUGUGGAUGGCCUGUAUCAGGGACGCAAGGACUCGGCCUCGCCCUCAUCGAGUGCCUUCGAUGAGGUGAUGAGCAAACAUACCCUGGACUCCUUCGGCAGCAUCGCCUAUCGUCACCUGCACCAGCAGCAUCAGGCGACGAGCAACGGCAACAGCAGCAACACGAGCAACACAAACAGCAAUGGCAACAGCAAUGGCAACAGCACAAGCAACAAUACAGCUGCUUCGACAAACAAAACAGCAACGGUUAGCAAAACAGGCGUGAGCAACAGUAACAGCAACUCGCUGAACAGCAGCAACAGCUCGAUGCACACGAGCAGCAGCAGCAGCGGCCACAGCAGCAACAUAGCCAGUGCCACAUCAUCAUCAUCAUCAUCCUCCUCCACCACCGGCACCAGCAGCUCAACGGUGCCCGAUGACCUGAGCCUGGCGCCACCCGGUUACGAGGUGAGCCAGCAGCAGCAGCACCAACAGAAGCAGCAACAUUUGGUUGCCUCACCCGUGACAAUGUUGCUGCCACCGAUGGCCAAGCAUCGCGAGUUGCCCGUGGAUGUGCCGGACAGCUUUAUCGAGAUGGUCAAGACAACGCCAAGAUAUCCGCCACCAGCUCACCUUUCCUCACGCGGAUCGCUGUUGUCGAACGGCAGCGCCUCCACCGCCCACACCACGCUCUCCUCGAUGGGCGUGUCGCCUUCGCCUGUCACUGCAACAGCAACAGCAUCAGCAGCAGCAGCAGCAACAACAUCUGCAACAACAUUAGCAUGUGCAACCACUGCUGUUGCUGCUGCUGCUGCUGCUGCGGUUUCUGGUGUUGCUGACGGCGAUGCGAGGCGGGUGGUCGAUGAGCUCAAUGGGAAUGCGAAGCCCGUGCCACCGCCACGAGAUCAUCUGCGGGUGGAGAAGGACGGGCGGCUGGUCAACUGCUCACCCGCACCACAGCUGCCGGAUCGAAGGGCGCCGGGGAAUGCGAGCAGCGGCAGCAGCGGCGCAGCAACGCAUCCGCUGCAGCAGCAGCAGCAGCAGAUCGCCCAGAUUGUGGAGCCCACGUUGGAGCAGCUGGACAGCAUCAAGAAGUACCAGGAGCAACUGCGCCGACGACGCGAGGAGGAGGAGCGCAUAGCGCAGCAAAAUGAAUUCCUGCGGAACAGUCUUCGUGGCUCCCGGAAGCUGAAGGCGCUCCAGGAUACGGCCACGCCAGGAAAAGCGAUUGCCCAGCAGCAGCAGCAGGCAACGCUGGCCACCCAGGUGGUUGGCGUCGAGAAUGAGGCAUAUCUGCCCGACGAGGACCAGCCGCAGGCGGAACAGAUUGAUGGCUAUGGCGAGCUGAUAGCGGCCCUCACCCGCCUGCAAAACCAGCUGAGCAAGAGCGGAUUGAGCACGCUGGCGGGUCGCGUAUCCGCUGCUCACAGUGUCCUGGCCAGCGCCAGUGUGGCCCAUGUCCUGGCCGCUCGCACCGCUGUCCUCCAACGACGACGUUCCCGCGUCUCUGGUCCACUGCAUCACAAUGCCUUGGGAUUGCAGAAGGACAUUGUGGAGCUGCUAACGCAAUCGAAUACGGCGGCGGCCAUCGAGCUGGGCAACCUGCUGACCAGCCAUGAAAUGGAGGGUCUCCUCCUGGCCCACGAUCGCAUUGCCAAUCACACGGAUGGCACGCCCUCGCCUACACCCACGCCCACUCCGGCCAUUGGAGCGGCGACGGGAUCCACAAUCAGCAGUCCGGUGGCUGGACCCAAGAGAAACCUAGGCAUGGUGGUGCCGCCGCCCGUGGUGCCACCCCCACUGGCGCAACGUGGAGCAAUGCCGCUGCCGCGCGGGGAGUCGCCACCGCCGGUGCCCAUGCCACCACUGGCCACAAUACCCAUGUCCAUGCCCGUCAAUCUGCCAAUGAGUGCGUGCUUUGGCACGCUAAACGAUCAGAACGACAACAUCAGGAUCAUCCAAAUCGAAAAGUCCACGGAGCCGCUGGGCGCCACGGUGCGCAACGAGGGUGAGGCGGUGGUCAUCGGCCGGAUUGUGCGUGGUGGUGCGGCGGAGAAGUCGGGACUGCUGCACGAAGGCGACGAGAUCCUGGAGGUCAACGGUCAGGAGUUGCGUGGCAAGACGGUGAACGAGGUGUGCGCCCUAUUGGGCGCCAUGCAGGGCACCCUGACCUUCCUGAUCGUCCCAGCGGGCAGUCCACCAUCCGGCGGCGUAAUGGGCGGAACUACCGGCAGCCAACUGGCCGGAUUGGGUGGAGCACACCGCGACACCGCCGUGUUGCACGUCCGGGCGCACUUCGACUACGAUCCGGAGGACGAUCUGUAUAUACCCUGCCGGGAGCUGGGCAUCAGCUUCCAGAAGGGCGAUGUGCUGCACGUGAUCAGCCGCGAGGAUCCCAACUGGUGGCAGGCGUAUCGCGAGGGCGAGGAGGACCAGACGCUGGCCGGUCUUAUUCCUAGUCAGUCGUUCCAGCAUCAGCGCGAGACCAUGAAGCUGGCCAUUGCGGAGGAGGCGGGACUGGCGCGAUCCCGCGGCAAGGACGGAUCGGGCAGCAAAGGAGCCACGCUCCUCUGUGCGCGCAAGGGUCGCAAAAAGAAGAAGAAGGCCAGCUCCGAGGCGGGAUAUCCCUUGUACGCCACCACGGCGCCGGAUGAAACAGAUCCGGAGGAGAUACUCACCUACGAGGAGGUGGCUUUGUACUAUCCCCGCGCUACCCACAAGCGGCCCAUCGUCCUCAUCGGCCCGCCCAACAUUGGAAGACAUGAGUUGCGCCAACGCCUGAUGGCCGACUCGGAGCGUUUCUCCGCCGCAGUGCCACACACAUCACGAGCCCGCAGGGAGGGCGAAGUGCCCGGAGUGGACUACCACUUCAUCACGCGACAAGCCUUUGAGGCGGACAUUUUGGCGCGCCGCUUUGUGGAGCACGGUGAAUACGAGAAAGCCUACUACGGCACAUCACUGGAGGCCAUACGCACGGUGGUGGCCAGCGGCAAGAUCUGUGUGCUCAACCUGCAUCCGCAGAGCCUCAAGCUGCUGCGCGCCUCUGACCUCAAGCCGUACGUGGUGCUGGUGGCGCCGCCCAGCUUGGACAAGCUGCGCCAAAAGAAGCUGCGCAACGGCGAACCCUUUAAGGAGGAAGAGCUCAAAGACAUCAUUGCCACGGCCCGGGAUAUGGAGGCCCGUUGGGGUCACCUAUUCGACAUGAUCAUCAUUAACAACGACACGGAGCGCGCCUACCACCAACUGCUGGCCGAGAUCAACUCGCUGGAGCGCGAGCCCCAAUGGGUGCCCGCCCAGUGGGUGCACAACAAUCGCGACGAGUCAUAAUGGGGUCUUCAGCACCCCCUCCCACUGCACUACCACUACCACUACCACCUUCCCUAGGAUCCACCACCCAAAAAAUGAAUACCAAUACCAAUACCCAAAACUCUUUGUAAAUACAAUUUUCAAUUGAGCCAUGAAGCGGAGAGCAGGAUCGAUUCCAGUCCAGUAGUUCGGUUUGCCUGCCGAUGCGAUUAAUCCCUACCCCUCCAAUAUUAUAUAUAAAUAUAUAUAUUUAUACUAUUCGUUGCAUAUGUGCAUUUUAGUCUUAGAGAGAAAGAGUUUUUAUUGUGUGUAUUCCCUGUUUUAAAAGCAUUCCAACCUCUUUAUGUAUGUUCACAAAAUUUGUUGUUCGAUGAACCGAUUUCGGGAAUGCCACUGAAUCCAAUUAAUUCUUGUGGCAUUUCAGUUUUUUUUUUUUACCACUACCACUAACUUAUAUAUUGUAAAAGUAUGUUUUUUUUUUGUAUUUAAAUUAAGCUUGGACACUUCCUUAAUUUCAAAGGGCAAAUUGAAAUUGUAAAAUAACGAAUCAGCAAAGGAAGGCCAGAAUCGAUAUGAUAGUACCCUAGUACCCAAUAAAAUGUGUAAUAAUACCCAUAAGCGACUCCGAAUGUUAACAGAGCCAGAACAAUCCGUAGGCAGCUGUGCGAGGGGAGAUCGAUCCGACGGAUGUAGAUUCAUAUUCAGAUUCAGAUUCAAAAGACAGCUGCAGAAUCAGAAUCAAAAAAUGACAGAGAAACCGAAUCAGAAGCAGAAGCAGAUACUGAUACAGAUGCAAGUGUUGCAAUUACGUAAUCUAUUUACUUUACAAAAUAUAUACUAUACGGAUAUACAUACACAUAAAUUAUAAAUCGAAGCGUACUUAAUACAAUUAAUUUUUAACAAAACGAAUGCAAGAGCAAAGUGAAAAAUAAAAUUAAAAAAACCGUUCAUAAGAGAGAAACAACAAAAUCAGUAAGUCAUUGCCAAAAAAACAAAAAAAAAAGAAUUAAAUAAAUAAAUGGGAGUUAGAUGAGGAGAGUUAGGAGAAUCACUUAGAAAAACCACUCCACGAGCGAAAUUGUUAAAAACAAAAACGGAAACGGAAAAACAAAAUAUUUAGCCAACUUUAAGCACUGUAAGAUAAUGGAAAACCCAAUAAACGAAUGCAAACAGUAAGCCGGCAAGAAAAUGAAUUAGGCUAAGGUAUCCGAAACAGAAACAAAAACAAAA